ACUUGCAGGGUAUUCAAGAUGGCUGACUUGGAGGAGUGGUAGAGAUUUUUUACAAAUUUAUCAAAAUAUUUUGCGCGGACGAUGGGUGAAGGGAUUGCAGAUUGCUUACCACUGGCAAUCCGAUCUGUUGGAGAUGCCAUCAAGCUUGACUCAGACAAUAGGAUAAAGGAGGCAUACUGUCAGUAUCUUAGUUGCAUUAUCUAUAUAUCACAAGUUCUAAAAGAUGAUGCGUGGGACAAAGAUCUCCGAUUGGUGUACAACAGUGACACGGCCAAGUUGUUCCGUCUACUUCAGCAAUGUCAGGAGAGAGCUCUGAUGGUAAUAUCAUCCGUGGCAAGUAACACUUCAACGAGUCAAACUCCUGGGAAUCAAAUUCCUCAGCAUCUUCAUCUUCCAAGUGAAGGUGUCCCACAUCGCUAUUCUGACAGUCAUGUUCUAGUUCCUGGUCAGUCAGCUCAGCAUCAACUGGCACCACAAGGUGCAACUAUUCGCAAGCUGUCCUACACAAAUUCUCCCACUGCAAAUUUAGCAAAACCGACAAAUGAUGAAAACCUUUAUCUACCAUCACCCCCUGGGUCUCCAUUGCUGCGUCAUCAUCAUCGAACUGGUAGCUAUGAUCCUUUGGAGAAAGCUUACAAGGAAAACAAACAGUUGAUACAGGCAUACAGGACAAGAAUGCAGAAUGCAAACAAGGGGGGGACAAACAAGGAUAUGAUUUCACGAAAUCUCAGUUUAAUGCGAAGGAUGUCAGAAAACCUUGCCAUUGCAAAGGCCAGGGAGCAAGCUAUAAAGCAAAAAUUGUGGGAGCGACAACGUAGAUUGCAAGAGGAAACAAACAGGCGUCUUGGCCCUGCAGUGUAUUCUACCAAGGAACAGCAAGAACAGCGUAUUAUUUACACAAAGAUAUUGGAGUUUGAACAAGAGACAGUGUGGCCGAAACUGUUAAGGAAUAAGUUAAAACUUUCGCCAGAAGAUCCCAAGUUGAUCAAAGAAAUAAUCACUAAGAUUUUCAGCUCGUCGGAUCAUCCUCUGACCCAGUUUCUGCUCCAGUAUCAGUAUCACGUUUACCGGAAACUGGCACCUCUUGUAAAAGAUGUGGGUUUUCCCGAUGUAAAAAGCGGAAGAGUAGCUGUGAAUGAAGGAACUUGUACAACUGUAAAGAAAUUUCACUCUAACGAGCCUGCAGGGCAAUCGGUACUCAUCGAAGAUGAACAAAACGAAGGGAAAAACCUAAAUACGCUAAUUAAUGCUGAAGGUGAUUUUGAAGGUCACUUUUCAUCAGAGACUAAUCUUGAGGAAAACGUAAAAGGCACGAGGGAAAUUGUGAGAGGCACCGUCAGGGAAGAGGGACACGAGACUGUCGAACAUCACGAUGUACGGCAGGAUAGCAGAGAUGGUGACACCGUAGAAAAAGGGAAGCGGAAUGUCGAUAGCGAAUGUGCGAGCUCUGAAACUGAUUUAACGAAACUUAAAAAUCUUCUUGGAGAUGAUAAUCAGUCGGAAGUCUCUGAAACUGAUACUUCGCAGCCCGAUGCUGUUGUGACAGGGAGUGAUUCAGCGACAUUGGAGAGUUAUUUUGAUGAGCUGGAAGACGAUAUGUUCGGCUGGGAUAGCAACGAGGAUGAAAGUGAUGGCACUGACAUUGAAAACGUAGAUGGAGGGAAAGAAAAGACAACGGGAGAUGAAAAGAAUUGUAGCGAACUUAAAGAAGAUACGAGUCAAUAUAAUUUGGAAGAGGGUACAACCCAAAAUGUCGUGGGAUCUUCUAUUAGCGUCAAUGUGACGGAACACAGUCAGGCCGACCCUUCAGAAGUCUGCGCAGAUACUCAUUCGCGACUCAGACUAGACUCGACAAAUGCAAGUGAUACAUUUGCAGACGGUGAUCUUAGUACACAGUCUGUGGAAAACGUUGAGUUGCCAACAACAAUCAAAAACGAGAAAACCAGCCAAGACCAACCAAAAGACGACGCAAAUCCAUUUGAAGCAGAUGGGUUCAUUUCGGACCAAAAAGUCGAGGCUAAUGAAGAAGAGACAGCAAGAAACAACACCAAGGGGGAAAGUAAACAAUCACACAGUAGUCUGAAGCCACAUGGACAGGUUGGUGAGGAACAGAUAGGUAGUGGGAACAUCCCAGGUGACGGAGCAAAAUCAAUAGAAAGUUUGAACGAAAGAGAACAGUUUGGUGAAGAGCAGAUAGCUUGUAACUCCACCUACAGUGAUGGAUAAACCCUGAGAGCAGUAGAGAAGUCAAAUAAGUAUGAUACAACAAGUGAAAUCCAAUUUGAUCAGGCAAACAGCAGAGAUGAGGGGAAAAUACCAACACCUAAACUGGCUGGGUUUGCUAGAGAACAAAGUGGCAAGGAGGAAGAUGAUCAGACAACUCCAACUACAACUGACUCUGAUGAAAGGAGAAAACAAUUGAAGGACGUUUUGGUGGAUGUGAGAUUUUUUCUCGAAAAGCUUCAGAAAUUAUUAAUCCUUGCUUAUGAACAACUGGAUACACCAGCCGGCCGAGAUCUUUGUUACUCCUUCUUGGAGUUUCCUUUUUUUAAACCUUUGUGGCCCAU